CCCGCUUCAAUCAUCGAUGAGCGCUAUGAGCAGCCGUGUAUGGCAGCAAGCAUGGGACGCUGCCCAGCCCCGCCUUCACUCCAUACGAGAUGUUCUUGCGUCCCCAACGUUUCCUCGACCGAACCCUCGCAUUAUUCGCGUCGGACAACUAGAUGCCGAGCUCCUCGAUGCUGAACUUGUUCACAUACUCAUAGAACCGGUUUCGAAGGCCCUUGCGACCGUCAACGCAUCUAUGAAAUCACGGUUUGAGCCUGAGCUAGCACUGCUCGUCCAGCUUGUACUUUAUCGUUUCUCUGUCUGGAGUUCCGGUGCAAGCUAUGGCGCAAUGCUGCAGGGCCUGCGGUAUUCCAUUCCAAGCUCCGGCUUGAACUCCAGGCCCUCACGACGACUACUAAUUAUCCAUGGUGCUCUCACUAUCCUCGUGCCCUAUUUCCGCAACCGACUCCAUGCACGUGCGCUUUCCCAUGCAUGGCCAGAUGCCCCUGCCUCUGAUAUCCGUCGCCGCGCUUGGGCUGCCUUGACGAGUCUCGAGACCGCACAUGGUGCAUUCAGUCUGCUCAACUUCGUUGCAUUUUUAUGGAAUGGGAGGUACAGAACAAUUAUUGAUAGAUUCCUAGCGAUGAGGCUUGAACCUUCACAAGCUCUCAUCAAACGUGAUGUUAGUUAUGAAUUUAUGAAUCGCCAGAUGGUCUGGCACGCAUUUACAGAAUUUCUCCUUUUCCUCCUCCCGCUCAUCAAUCCUCGCUCCGUGGCACGACGGCUCACAUCAACCUUUUCAUCCAUUUUCCCUACUCCCUCCCCUACACAAAAGAUACGCGCACCAAAACGCGGAAAGUAUUAUUCCCUCCCGUCAGACCAGUGCGCAAUUUGUGCUGAGAAUGCUUCCCUAAAUGUGAACCUUGGUGAUGCUGCUGGCGCGCUGGCAUCGUACACUCCGGCAUUCCCUGCAUCAUCAAACAGUGAUGCUGGCGAUAAUAAUUCUGAGGGAGAUGGAGAACCUCCAUAUCCAAUAACAACGCCGUAUCUUGCUUCUUGUGGACAUGUGUAUUGUUAUACUUGUCUUGCUGAGCGCAUGCUCCGCGCCGCAGAUGAUGGCUCAUGCGGAUGGACAUGUCUGCGAUGCGCGGAGGAAGUGAGGAGUGCAGAUCGAUACAGGUUGGAGAGCGAAGGCGGAAACCUUAGGCGUUCCACGUUGGGUGGGGCUGAAAUCGAAAACGUGGGUGAUGGAGAUAAAGAGAGAAGUGAUGCAGAAAGCAGUCAGGGUGACGAGGGAAGUGAAUUUGAUUUUGGAAGCGAGUUCGGGAGUGGGACAGGUAGCUUAGGGAGCUAUGCUUUUACGGGGAGUGAGGCUUGAAGUGCUCAUCUUACAUGUAAUCAAGGCCGCUUGUCGCAAGGUGAUGGAGCAUAUAGCACAUGCAUCUUGGGGGUAUUUAAAAUGAAAAGGAAAAAAGAA